UAAUAAUAUUUCUUUUGACUUUAGACUUUGUAUUUGUUGGUAAUAUAAAAUAAAAAAAUUUAAUAUUAUCACAUAUAAGAUUUUAAACUUCAAAACAAUCAGCUUUACAUGGAAGACGCCAAUACAUGUAUAGACAACAUUUUGGUGGUGGUACAUGAAAACAACCGGGUCUGCAGCAAGGCCGUUUAGGAACGUAUAUCUUUGGUGGUGGAACGUGUGGAGGAGGAAUAGUAACCUUGCAAAAUCUGUUUAAUAAAAUCUCUUUAUAAUAUAUAUUUUAGAUAAUAUUAAAAAUAUUAGUUUUUAUGUUGCUUAUUUAAUUUGUAUAAAAGUUUAUGUAUUUCACUGUACAUUUUACCUAAUUGCAUAUGGUUUCAUGUAUGUAUAUUAUCUGUAGAUUCAUUAAACAAAACUACGAAACAUGUUAUUGAAAUUCAAAUUAUAAUGUGGUAUAAAAUUGUUGUUUCAAAUUCGUGCCGAACGGACAAAAAUGAUAUAUGUAUAUAUGCAUAUAUAAAUAAAAUCUUCUAAUGAAACAAUUCAUUUAGUCAUUGACAAAGGCAGCGUGCUGUAGCUCUUGUUAGGCAUCUUGCAGCGCAUGCAGGUGGACAAUAUGGAAUACAUUUCGGUGGACAAGGUCCGCACGGCACUGGUGGCGUACAUAUGGUAAUUUUACAUGGUGGAGGGCAUGCAACACAAAUUGGUGGAACACAUGGAUAAGAUACACACGAUGGGCAAGAUGGUAACUGGUACUGAGCCACAGGUGAUGGGAAACAAGAAAAGCAUGUGAAUGGGAUGAACCACCAUGUCCACCUCCUGUUAUGUGUUCACCUUGUGCAGCACCUUGUAUUCCAGUUAAACAAUGUAAAAGCUAUGAUUUUCGAACAAGUAUUAUAUAUAGAUGUGAAUGUAUCAAAAGGAAUGGGCUACAAGAUAGAUGUAUGAUGUGGGAGUGCAUGGGUAGACCAGAAUGUAUGACGAAAUUGUACCCCGUUUGUAUGCCAGGUCGUUGCGCGUUAUUGAAAUUAACUGAAUUAGGAGAUAUGGAAGUUGCUUUAAAGAAAUUUUAUUGUGCUGAUCAAGCAAGGGAAGCUGCUCUUGCCGCAUAUUGUAGAUUGGUAUGUAAUACAAGCGCGGACAAACCUUGUUGCAUGGUGACUCCGAUAUCCUCAAGCAAAUCUUGUAAACCUAUAUGCGUUGAAUUACCAUGUUCACCAUGUCCACCAAGUUCACCAUGUCCACCAUGUCCACCGUGUCCACCAUGUCCACCAUGCCCACCAGGCCCACCAUGUCAACCAUGUCCACCGUGCCUACCGUGCCCACCGUGCUCACCGUGUCCACCAUGUUCACCAUGUUCACCAUGUCCACCAUGCUUACCAUGUCCACCAUGCCCACCAUGUCCAUCAUGUCCACCAUGUCCACCAUGCCCACCAUGUUCAUCAUGCCCACCAUGUCCACCAUGCUCACCGUGUCCUCCAUGCCCACCAUGUCCAUCUUGUUCACCUUGUAUUACUUCUUGUGUACCUCCUUGUGCUACUUUCAAAAUUUGUGUUCCAUGUCCACCACCAUGUCCACCCUCAUGCACGCCACCAUGCGUAAUACCAUGUAUACCACCGUGUCCACCACCAUGUCCACCACCAUGUCCACCGCCAUGUUUACCACCGUGUUUACCAUGUUUACCGCCAUGUCCACCAUCAUGUCCACCAUCAUGUCCACCACCGUGUCCACCACCAUGUCCACCACCAUGUCCACCAUGUCCACCACCGUGUUUACCACCAUGUGCAUCAGCAUGUCCACCACCGUGUCCACCACCGUGUCCACCUCCAUGUCCACCAAAAUGUCCACCACCGUGUUCGCCAUGUUUACCAUGUUUACCAUGUUUGCCAUGUCCACCAUGUUCUCCAUGUUCACCAUGCCCACCAUGUUUGCCAUGUCCACCAUGUUUACCAUGUCCACCAUGUCCACCAUGCCAACCGUGUUCACCAUGUGCACCACCAUGUCUUACACUAUGUCCAUCACCAUGUUUAUCAGUGUGCCCGUCACCGUGUUAAACAAAAUGUUUCAGUAUAUAUCCAUCAAUAUGUUUUUUUCUAUAUGUACCAAUUUUUUCAUAACAGAAUUUAUUUACCAGUUAUUAUAUUGGUUAUUGAUUAGAUUCUUUAGUCUGUGCAUUUUUCAUUUUGUUACAAAUUUAUUUUAUUAUAUAUGUUUCAUAUCUUCUGUCAACAAUGUUA